GCCAACACGUGCGUGUGAAUAUCAUUCUCUGAAACAAUAAAAAAAAACAUAACCUCAAAGUUUUUAAACUCUCAGUGUGCGUGUGAAUACUUAUAAGAUUAGUGUGUGAAUAUGUUUCAAGAAACAGCGCUGCGUCUGCUGCGUAUAGAACGUGAACGCUGUGGUUAUGCAACCAAUCUUACACCGUUGAGCAGCGAGAAGAUGUUGAAGAACUUUACGCAGCAUAAUAAUAAUAAUAACUCGUCGGCGUUCUCGAUGGAGAGUCUGUUGGCGUCGAGGGGAGUGCAGAAAAGUCCGCAACCAACAUUACACCAAUUGACACAACAUAAUAAUACACAGGAUGAUUUGGAUAAAAUUGAUGAGGAUGGUAAUGAUGCACAUGAUGAGAGGGAUGAUUUAGUUGAUGAUCAACAGGAUAGUAAUUUGGCGAAGGAUGAGGUGGUGUUGGCGCGGUUUGAUGAUUGUAUUAUGCGGUCGAGGAUUUGUACGAAUUGCGGGCGGUUGGAUUGUGGGUCACUGCAUUGCCGACUCAAUAGACAGUUUCAGCACGGGUUGGGUUUGCAACCAGAGGAUAGAGUGGGUAAGGAUGGGGGGAGUCCUGGUGUGGGUGGUGGUGGUGGUGGUGGACUGAAUUUGACGACGACGACGACGACCACGACGCCGGAGCGGACGAGUAAACCGCCCGUGUUGAAGUUCAGCGUGAAUGCGAUUCUGGCUGGGAAUUGUAAUCGGAGUUCGGGUGAGCAGGAUGCGCAUGCGCAGCAGAGGGCAGGUGGAUUACAUAAUGGGAGUACUGACGCAGUCGUUCACGUAUCGCCACCGAGUUUACUCAGCCUUGGCAGUUACCUGGGUGAGCACGUCGCCGGCGGCAUCGCGAAGCCAGUGGCGAGCCGCCCGCCACACUUCAAUCCACACCUGCUUCUGGCCCACUGCCGCCCCCAGCCCUACCUAACAGUCUCGACGCCCGUUUCCGGCACGCAGUCGACGGUGUUUCCGCUGCCGGGGACGUUUCCGUGGGCGCACUCCGGGCGCGGCAAGCCACGCCGGGGGAUGAUGCGACGGGCGGUGUUCUCGGAUCUGCAGCGCAAAGGCCUCGAGAGAAGGUUUCAGAUACAGAAAUAUAUCAGUAAACCAGACCGCAAGAAACUGGCGGAGAAGUUGGGGUUGAAGGAUAGUCAAGUUAAAAUCUGGUUCCAAAACCGCCGUAUGAAAUGGCGCAACUCCAAAGAACGCGAGCUCCUCGCCGCCGGCGGCUCCCGAGAACAAACCCUCCCAAACAAAAACAACCCCCAUCCGGACCUGAGCGACGCCGACGGCGACAAAUCCAAGCUGGAUCUCACCGACGUCAACGACAUUUCCCCUGGUUCACCCAACUCCGUAGGUGGCGCACCUCGCCUCCCAAACGACACCAACCCCACAACCGGAAACGGCGGUGAUCGUGGAGGCGGUAUACCAUCAUAUCCCGGUGAUUACCCGCCCGGCAUCAACAAUUAUCACAUGUAUGAAGCAAUGGACUACGAGAGCUCCAAUGACAGCGAGGAGGAGAUCAACGUCACGUGAUCAUAAAGCACUGAUGAUAAUUUCAUUUAAAUGCAAUCAUCUUUGAUAAAAUAUUGGAUUUAUUUUGAAUUGUAUUGAAAAUAAGGCUCAGGAUGUGAAUGACGUUGGGUUUUGUUGCUUUUGAGCCGAUUGUACAUAAUAUUGAUGAUAGCGGAUGAUUGUGGAUGAAUUGUGGAUGGUAUAUUGCGAUUUGGUUAAGAGGGUUCAUGUGUAAUGUAAAGUAACUCGACUUAUUAUAUAACAAGAGAGGAUUUGAUGCUAAAA